GCCUCAUGCUCAAAUCAGACAUGGCUCGGAAGGACACCACGUCGGCCGUCGUACUCCUCGGCAUCAUUGCGCUACUGGCGUCUUCGGCGGCGGCCUUCAACAUCACCAGGAUCCUUGGCGAGCUCUCCGACUUCUCCACAUUCAACAACCUCCUCAUGCAGAAGAAGCUAGCAGAUGAGAUCAAUCGGCGCCAGACCAUCACUGUGCUUGCUGUUGACAACGGUGCCGCAGGUGGCAUAUCUUCACUCCCCUCAGACGUCCAACGGAAGGUGCUCUCUGUGCACGUUGUCCUAGACUACUAUGACACCAAAAAGCUCAAUGCCAUGAAGAACCAUUCCACCAGGCUCACGACGCUCUUCCAGUCCUCCGGCCAGGCGACCAAUCACAUGGGUUUCCUCAACUGCACCAAGCACUCCGACGGCACCAUGGUGUUCGGUUCUGCAGAGCCAGGCGCUCCGGUCACCUCCCAGCUGGUCAAGCUCAUCGCCUCCCGCCCCUACAACAUCUCUGUGCUGCAGGUCAGCUCUGCCAUCGUGCCACCCAGCAUCGGCACCACCAAUGCCAACAACAGCAAGGCCGAUGCGCCACUGCCAGCCCUGACCAAGGCGAAAACGCCUAUAUCAGCACCGGCCCCAUCAGCGUCGAAGGGAAAGAAAGGGGCUUCCUCGCCGAAGCAAGAUGUCCGAGCUCCAGGUCCGUCCAACAAUGAUGCGAGCGCUGACACACCUUCUGACACGCCUGGACCAUUGGCGGACGGUCCCACCGCGGAUGGCCCAUCAACGAACGGUCCCACGGCGGAUGGUCCCACUGAGGCAGAUGCACCGGCAGAUGAUAAGAGCGAUGCAGCGGAUGCGCCUAAGGGUUCCGCUGGCAACAGGGCGGUGGCUGGUGUAGGCCUGGGCAUCGUUGCACUUCUGGUUAUCACUUUCUCAUUUUGAUUGAUGCUAAGUGGAGGCUAAGAAAUUGGAAAGGAGUUUAUAAAUAUAGCAUGAGUAUUAGGAAAUGAUAAUUCAGGGAUUACUUACUGUUUUUAGUUACUUUAUUGUUAGGUACAUGGAACGCGGGUAUCUCUUAAUGGGAGUUUGCACUUGGUGAACCGGAAUGGCCAAAUAAGGACUACUGUCGAGUCCUAUGUAUACUAGCAUUAUUGUAGUAAUGCACUCAGCUAUUGUAGGUCAUUCGAUUCUAAUCUGAAGGACACAAACCAGCGGAGCCAUUUUUUGAGAUA